GAAUUCGGACCCCUUUUCCUGUUCCCUCGUUUCCCGUGCUGGCGCUCCGUGUUGCGUGUUGGGGCAAUGGAUGUAUAAAGAUGGAGCUGUGUCUAUCUUUAGUCUCUGGCUGCUUCUGUUAAGCGACAUGGAGAGGAUUACCAGUGCGCAACCACCUCCCUGUGUGCCAAAACACCCAUCGCUGGAUAUAGCUGACAUGCAAGGAAUGGAUUUUCCCAUCUAUAUGUACAAACCCAGGAGGGGUAUGAAGCGCGGGGAUGAGAGCAAGGAGACAUAUAAGUUGCCACACCGACUGAUUGAAAAGAAAAGACGUGACAGAAUCAACGAAUGCAUUGCCCAGCUGAAGGAUUUGUUGCCAGAACAUCUUAAGCUUACAACGCUGGGUCAUUUGGAGAAAGCCGUGGUGCUGGAACUCACUCUCAAGCAUGUGAAAGCCUUGAGUUCCCUCCUGGAGCAGCAGCAGCAGAAAAUUAUUGCGCUACAGAAGGACUUGCAAAUCAGUGAUCAUGGUGGUGACAGUGCAGAGACCAACGAGGAGAUGUUCCGCUCAGGCUUUCACUUGUGCGCAAAAGAGGUCCUCCACUACCUGGCCAGCCAAGAAAGCAGCAGGGACCUGACUCCUUCCCAUGUCAUCAGCCACAUCCAAAAGGUUGCCGCUGAAGUCCUGCAGCAUCAAAACAGUCAACACGCAGAAGAGUCCGUCCUUCAAAGUUCAGAGAAACUGAAGAAACCUGCCGGACAGCCCCCGAAAGCCUCUGAGGGCCCAGCUAAGAACUGUGUUCCCGUCAUCCAAAGGACUUAUCCCCAUGGCAUGGGGGAGCAGAGCGGCAGUGAUACAGACACUGACAGCGGGUAUGGGGGAGAACAUGACAAGCGCGACCCCAAAGCUCAGUGGUCAGAAAGCCACGCAAGGGAGGGGGAGCUCAAGCAUGCCGCAUCUGAUCGGACAGCCGGUGCCAUCAAGCAGGAGGGUGAUGAGCCUCAGGCCAAGAAGUCGAGGUCUGACUCCUCAGAGGACGAGAUCCUCUCCGGUCACACAGCAGGAGGCCCUGGCAGCUACAUGAGUUUCUCCCCCAACCAGCCCCCAUUUUGCCUGCCCUUCUACCUCAUCCCCCCCGCAGCUGCAGCAGCGGCAGCGUAUCUGCCCAUGCUGGAGAAAUGCUGGUAUUCCGGGGGCAUGCCGGUCAUGUACCCGGGUAUGAGCGGUUCUGCAGCUAGCUUGCCCCCAGAGACACUGCCCUCAUCUCUGGUGAUGUCCCCAAGGGCAGGGUCCCCCGUUCCCCACCAGACCCCCAUGGACUCCCCUGCUCUUCACAAAGCUUUAAAGCAGGUCCCCCCAUUGAACUUGGAAACCAAAGACUAAACAGACUUGUUCCUGUUGGAAUCUUGCGCUCUGAAUGUUGAACGGGGUUGAACGGUUGGCCCACUGAAAAGAGGGUAAACAAAACUCAAACGUGCUGAUAUCCCCUCAAACCACAGCUGUUGUUUUGCCCAUCAGAACAAUGACCCCAGAAGCCCAAAUGGUCCCCACCCUGUAUCUCAUCAGCUCCUCACACACUGAAACGGGACUUUUAGGGGCAACCUGAAGUGCCCAUGUGAAGGCUCAUAGAUUACCUGUUGCAUGGCUCUGAAACACUGUGAAAUGGUCAGUUUAAAGAGGAUGAGUGCGUAAGAGAUCACAAGAGUUGUUUUUUUUUAGCCAGGAUCGUCUUCUCAGCACUCAAUGUUGAAUGUCAGAGGUGAACCCAGAAUGUAAGGCACAGAUAAGCCCCCCUCCCCUCCCCUCCCAAAAAAUUAUUUGGACCUACGUUUUUGCACACACACCAGUCUGUAAUGAAUGUAAAGAUUGAACAAAAGCCCCUUGUAGAUGCUGCUUUAAUUAUUAUAACCUGCUGUAGAUCUGUGAAUGGAAGAUCUACCUUCA